UCUUAUUUUGAAAACCACAUAGCCAUCCGGAAUCACGUGCCCUGCUGCUGUGGACUGUGUCACCAAACAAGACUACUCUGCAUUUAUGUCCACUUUAGCUAAAGCGAUGUCCAAGUUCCGCCUGGCUGUGGUCCAGCUGCAGGUGUCGCGCGUCAAGGCGGACAACCUGAGCAGAGUCCGGGGGCUGGUGAAGGAGGCUGCGGGGCAAGGCAGCAAGGUGGUGCUGCUGCCGGAAUGCUUCAAUUCUCCAUAUGGAAGCAGCUUCUUCCCGGAGUAUGCCGAGAGGAUCCCCGGGGAGUCCACGCAGGCGCUGUCGGAGGCGGCGAGGGACAGUAAGGUGUAUCUAGUGGGAGGAUCCAUCCCUGAAGAGGACGGUGGGAAGUUGUACAACAGCUGCACAGUGUUUGGGCCUGAUGGAGAGCUGAUUCUUAAACACAGGAAGAUUCACCUCUUUGACAUUGACAUUCCGGGGAAAAUCCGCUUCCGGGAGUCGGAGACUCUGAGCCCAGGCAACAGUUUGUCAAUGUUCCAAACACCCUUCUGUAAGGUGGGUGUGGGGAUUUGCUACGACAUGAGGUUUGCUGAGCUGGCGCAGCUCUACAGCAGGGAAGGCUGUCAGCUGCUGGUCUACCCUGGAGCCUUCAACAUGACAACAGGUCCAGCUCACUGGGAGCUGCUUCAGAGGGGGAGGGCGGUUGAUAACCAAGUGUACGUGGCCACGGCGUCUCCUGCCAGAGAUGAAACCUCUUCAUACGUGGCCUGGGGUCACAGCACUGUUGUAAACCCAUGGGGAGAAGUUAUCUCCAAGGCCGGACCAGAGGAGGCCGUGAUUUAUGCUGACAUUGACCUGCAGUACCUAGCCGACAUCCGGCAGCAGAUCCCCAUCACGGCGCAGCGCCGGGACGACAUCUACGCCGUGACGUCUGUCCAGGGAGGGUCCAGCUGAGAAGGAACCGAUGAAACCACGUCACAGAUCUCUGCACCAGCACCGCGUCCUCUUCUCCCUCCCAAGCUCCGGCCUCUUUGUCUGAACUGAGGAAAGAAGAGAUGCAGUUGGCAUGGUGAUGCUCACCUCUUCAGGAUGGAGCUGUGCUUUGUUUUGUGUGUCUGGUGCUGAAUGAGUGGUUGAGCAAUUGAAAAUUGAUGACAAUUUUGGUAAUCAGUUAGCUGUUUAUAUCAAUUACCAAGUAAAACUAAGUAGUUGCUGGUGA